UUCCGCCGCGGCCCUGCUAGGAGAGAAGUGGCUCCGUGGGACCCGCUUCAUACCUGUCACUAGUGCUUCGCCCCGACACCCCACUCUCUCUGCACUGUGGAGACCACCCUGUCUGCUUGCUGCUCCAUGAGAUCGUCCAGACCCCAGGAGUGACAUGGAUAUAUUCUGUGACAUCACCCAAAAAGGAUAUGAAAAGAAGAGGUCGAAAUUAAUUGGCGCCUACCUGCCGCAGCCUCCGACAGCGAACGGAGCUGCCGUGGCCCGGUGUAGACUGCAGCACGGUGAAGGCGCCCCGAGGAGAACGCCGCACUCCGGCCCCGUCGCGGUGUGCGACAUCAGAGAAGCCUCCGGCAGGGAGCGGGUGGCCAGCACCGCGGGAAACCGGCCUCUGUUUUACUUUCGUUUCGGGGUGGAUCAAGCUUUGCCGCCAGAGCGCCGGGCUCCGGUUACUCCUUCCUCUUCCUCUCGCUAUCACCGCCGAAGGUCCUCAGGGUCGCGAGAUGAGCGCUAUCGGUCGGACGUCCACACAGAAGCUGUUCAGGCAGCACUUGCGAAACACAAAGAAAGGAAGAUGGCAGUGCCUAUGCCUUCCAAACGCAGGUCCUUGGUUGUGCAGACCUCGAUGGAUGCCUACACGCCUCCAGACACCUCCUCUGGUUCGGAAGACGAAGGCUCCGUGCAGGGUGACUCCCAGGGGACACCCACCUCCAGCCAGGGCAGCAUCAACAUGGAGCACUGGAUCAGUCAGGCCAUCCAUGGCUCCACCACCUCCACAACCUCUUCCUCAUCCACCCAAAGUGGGGGCAGCGGUGCCGCCCACAGGCUGGCAGACGUCAUGGCCCAGACGCACAUAGAAAAUCACUCUGCACCUCCUGAUGUAACCACGUACACCUCAGAACACUCAAUACAGAUGGAAAGGCCACAAGGCUCAACGACAUCGCGGACGGCACCAAAGUAUGGCAACGCCGAGCUCAUGGAGACUGGCGAUGGAGUGCCGGUAAGUAGCCGGGUAUCAGCAAAAAUUCAACAACUUGUCAACACUCUCAAACGACCAAAACGACCACCGUUACGGGAAUUCUUUGUUGAUGACUUCGAAGAAUUGUUAGAAGUCCAACAACCAGAUCCGAACCAGCCAAAGCCAGAGGGAGCACAGAUGUUGGCCAUGCGAGGAGAGCAGCUGGGUGUGGUUACGAAUUGGCCUCCAUCUCUAGAAGCUGCAUUACAGCGGUGGGGGACCAUCUCACCAAAGGCCCCGUGCUUGACCACAAUGGACACAAACGGGAAACCUCUGUACAUCCUCACUUACGGCAAACUGUGGACAAGAAGUAUGAAGGUUGCUUACAACAUUCUGCAUAAAUUAGGUACAAAGCAAGAACCGAUGGUGCGACCUGGAGAUAGGGUGGCACUGGUGUUCCCCAACAACGACCCUGCUGCGUCCAUGGUGGCCUUCUACGGUUGCCUGCUGGCCGAGGUCGUCCCCGUGCCCAUAGAAGUACCGCUCACGCGAAAGGACGCAGGAAGCCAGCAGAUCGGCUUCCUGCUCGGCAGCUGCGGAGUUACCGUUGCCUUGACCAGCGACGCCUGCCACAAGGGACUGCCCAAGAGCCCCACGGGGGAGAUCCCGCAGUUCAAAGGUUGGCCAAAGCUCUUAUGGUUUGUCACAGAGUCAAAACAUCUCUCCAAACCUCCCCGAGACUGGUUCCCACACAUUAAAGAUGCAAAUAACGACACGGCGUAUAUCGAGUAUAAGACGUGCAAGGACGGAAGCGUGCUUGGGGUGACCGUGACGAGGAUCGCGCUGCUCACCCACUGCCAGGCCCUCACGCAGGCGUGUGGCUACACAGAAGCGGAAACCAUUGUGAACGUGUUGGAUUUCAAGAAGGACGUGGGGCUCUGGCACGGAAUCCUAACAAGUGUCAUGAACAUGAUGCAUGUGAUCAGCAUCCCGUACUCACUGAUGAAGGUGAACCCACUCUCCUGGAUUCAGAAGGUCUGCCAGUACAAAGCAAAAGUGGCCUGUGUCAAGUCCAGGGACAUGCACUGGGCAUUGGUAGCACACAGGGACCAAAGAGACAUCAACCUCUCCUCUCUGCGGAUGCUGAUCGUGGCUGACGGCGCAAACCCCUGGUCCAUUUCUUCCUGCGACGCGUUCCUCAAUGUCUUCCAAAGUAAAGGCCUGCGCCAGGAGGUGAUCUGUCCCUGUGCCAGCUCGCCAGAGGCCCUCACGGUGGCCAUCCGGAGGCCCACGGAUGACAGCAACCAGCCCCCAGGCCGGGGCGUCCUCUCCAUGCACGGGCUGACUUAUGGGGUCAUCCGAGUGGACUCGGAAGAAAAGCUGUCUGUACUCACUGUGCAGGACGUCGGCCUAGUGAUGCCUGGAGCCAUCAUGUGCUCCGUGAAGCCGGACGGGAUCCCUCAGCUGUGCAGAACGGACGAGAUCGGGGAGCUCUGCGUGUGCGCGAUUGCUACCGGCACAUCCUAUUACGGCCUCUCGGGCAUGACCAAGAACACCUUCGAGGUGUUCCCCGUGACGAGCUCCGGAGCCCCAGUCAGCGAGUACCCCUUCGUCAGGACAGGCCUGCUGGGCUUUGUCGGCCCUGGGGGGCUUGUCUUCGUGGUGGGCAAGAUGGAUGGGCUCAUGGUGGUCAGCGGGCGCAGACACAAUGCCGACGACAUCGUAGCCACAGCGCUGGCCGUGGAGCCCAUGAAGUUCGUCUACAGGGGCAGAAUAGCUGUGUUCUCGGUGACCGUCCUGCAUGACGAGAGAAUAGUGAUCGUGGCCGAGCAGCGGCCCGACUCCACGGAGGAGGACAGCUUCCAGUGGAUGAGCCGGGUGCUCCAGGCCAUCGACAGCAUCCAUCAAGUCGGGGUUUAUUGCUUGGCCUUGGUUCCUGCAAACACCCUCCCCAAAACCCCGCUCGGUGGGAUCCAUUUGUCAGAAACAAAGCAGCUUUUCCUGGAGGGCUCGCUUCACCCCUGCAAUGUCCUGAUGUGCCCCCACACUUGUGUCACAAACCUGCCUAAACCUCGACAAAAGCAGCCAGAAAUUGGCCCUGCCUCUGUGAUGGUGGGGAACCUGGUGUCCGGGAAGAGGAUUGCGCAGGCCAGCGGCAGAGACCUGGGCCAGAUAGAAGACAACGACCAGGCCCGGAAGUUCCUGUUCCUCGCGGAGGUCCUGCAGUGGAGGGCCCAGACCACCCCCGACCACGUCCUCUACACGCUGCUCAACUGCAGGGGUACAAUAGCCAACUCGCUGACGUGUGUCCAGCUGCAUAAACGAGCAGAGAAGAUAGCCGUGAUGCUGAUGGAGAGGGGGCGCCUGCAGGACGGAGACCACGUUGCUCUCGUCUACCCACCAGGAAUAGACCUUAUCGCAGCAUUUUACGGUUGCCUGUACGCAGGCUGUGUGCCAAUCACCGUCCGCCCGCCACACCCACAGAACAUCGCAACGACGCUGCCCACGGUGAAGAUGAUCGUGGAGGUGAGUCGCUCUGCCUGCUUAAUGACAACACAACUGAUCUGUAAAUUGUUACGGUCCAGGGAGGCAGCUGCAGCCGUCGAUGUCAGGGCGUGGCCCCCCAUACUGGACACAGAUGAUUUGCCAAAGAAGCGGCCAGCCCAGAUCUACAAGCCCUCCAACCCGGACACGCUGGCUUACCUGGAUUUCAGCGUAUCCACGACUGGAAUGCUAGCUGGAGUGAAGAUGUGUCACGCAGCCACCAGUGCCUUCUGCCGAUCCAUUAAGCUACAGUGUGAGCUCUACCCCUCUAGAGAAGUGGCCAUCUGCUUGGACCCUUACUGUGGACUUGGGUUUGUCCUGUGGUGCCUCUGCAGCGUGUAUUCUGGGCAUCAGUCCAUUCUCAUCCCGCCUUCAGAGCUGGAAACCAACCCUGCCUUGUGGCUCCUCGCCGUCAGUCAGUACAAAGUUCGGGACACGUUUUGCUCCUAUUCGGUGAUGGAACUUUGUACCAAAGGGCUGGGGUCGCAGACAGAAUCCCUCAAGGCACGAGGGCUGGACUUGUCCCGUGUGCGGACGUGCGUGGUGGUAGCAGAGGAGCGGCCUCGAAUAGCACUCACCCAGUCCUUCUCAAAACUGUUCAAAGACCUGGGCCUCCACCCGCGGGCUGUCAGCACCUCGUUUGGCUGUCGAGUGAACCUAGCCAUCUGCUUGCAGGGGACCUCAGGACCUGAUCCAACCACCGUCUAUGUUGACAUGAGAGCUCUGAGACACGACAGAGUCCGUCUAGUAGAAAGAGGGUCCCCUCACAGCUUGCCGCUUAUGGAAUCAGGAAAAAUCCUUCCGGGCGUUCGGAUCAUAAUUGCCAAUCCAGAAACAAAAGGACCAUUGGGAGACUCGCACCUGGGUGAGAUCUGGGUACACAGUGCCCACAACGCCAGCGGUUACUUCACUAUUUAUGGAGAUGAGUCCCUCCAGUCAGAUCACUUCAGCUCAAGAUUAAGUUUUGGAGACACCCAGACCAUCUGGGCACGGACCGGCUAUCUGGGGUUCCUGCGGAGAACCGAGCUGACGGAUGCAAAUGGAGAGCGUCACGACGCCCUGUACGUGGUGGGAGCCCUGGACGAAGCCAUGGAGCUGCGCGGAAUGAGGUACCACCCGAUAGACAUCGAGACCUCCGUCAUCAGAGCCCACAAAAGCGUCACGGAAUGUGCUGUGUUCACCUGGACAAAUUUGUUGGUGGUUGUGGUUGAGCUUGAUGGGUCAGAGCAAGAAGCCUUGGACCUGGUCCCCUUGGUGACCAACGUGGUCCUGGAGGAGCACUACCUGGUGGUGGGGGUGGUGGUCGUGGUGGACAUCGGCGUCAUCCCCAUCAACUCCCGGGGAGAGAAGCAGCGGAUGCACCUGCGAGACGGGUUUUUGGCAGACCAGCUGGAUCCCAUCUACGUGGCUUACAACAUGUAGCCUUGUCUCUGGCUCCCGCAGACUUCUCUAGAGAUGUAAACGUUUUCCUUAGUGUCAGUAAAGCGUGCAGAAGCAAGGGCGACAUUCGCCGGAUGGAGCCAGUGUCACACGGUGGAGUGGAGACGUCCCCGGCAGUCCUGACGGGCACGGGCGAGAUGGAGACGUGAGUUGUCACCGAGGUUUGCUCAGAAGGGCCUCCCAUUACUGCCUUCGGUUUGCUGGAAAAGCCCAUUUCGAAACAUUUUUCUUUCUUUCCUUCUUUUUUGUUUUUUUAGUUAUUGGAUAAUAAGUGCUUUCUUCGUAAAUGUGGUAUUUUGUUAAGCCAAAAUAGCAAUUAAAAAAAUAUUCUGCCCUCCAGAUGGGUUCUUUUAAACAGUUUUAUGUAGUGUGACAAAGAAUUGUUUUCUCUGUUUUAAUGUGUCAUGAAAUCUUAAUGACAUGGACCUGUUACUAAUUUAAGCCAUUGCUAGAUCUCAUCCUUUUAGGAAAGUCUGUUGAGGUACGAGAAAACCUUCCAAAUAGCACCUUCCAAUUAGAGCUUAGCAGCUUUCUCUGUCAGACCGUGCUGAAGAAACAGAGGCCCACCCGCGGCCUCUGGCAUUAGCGUAGAACGAGAAGAAAUUAUAAAUAAGGUGUAUUUCAGCAAUUAUCUUGCAGAUAUCUUUGUACUAAACUAAAAAGAUAAAAUAAGUUAACUUCUUCAGAUGUAAUUAUGUACAAAACGUUUAAUUUAUUUUGAUCUCUUUAGAAGUAUAAAAAGAGAAAACAUUCAAGAAUAUUAACGUCUUGUAAUGUUUGCUAAUAUAAAAGAAGUGUUGUAUUAUCUUGCGUGGAUAGUAUCACAACAAAUAUAUAUAUAUGAAAUAUAAAUUCACUAAUGAACAAAGGAGAUUUUAAAGUUUAAAAUGCAGAACCUGUCACUUUGCAUGGUGUCCCCUCCACUGUGUGUAGAUAAGAGAGGUUCUCUCACAUCCGCUCUGCUGAUGGGAGCCACCGGUUGCCAGAGACCAGCCAGUGAAACGACCGGAAGUUAUCUCGGAGACGGGGAGGGAUGUGGGGCGAGCUGGGCCUGUGUUUCCUUUGCUGCGAGAGCAACACUGGAUGGUGUUACCAGCACGUGCUCACUGCCCUGGGCACGCUCAGGGAGGCAGGUGGCCGACAGCCCUGUUCUCUGAGCUGCAAGAGUUCGUUGCACAAUGUUUUUCAUCAUUUUUGUUAGCGUCACCCUCUUUCGGUCCUUGCUAUGAAAAGGAAUGAGAUUCUGUGAUCAUUGGCACCCGGUUGCGUUGCUUCCCCUCAGACAGCCACUGUGUGGAGUGGACAGAGUGUCCAAAACAGCAUUAAGGGAAAAGACUCACAUAGGAGAUCGUCACUUCAGCCAGCUCUCAAGGGUCCCCCAGCCCGCGUGAGCAGAGCCCACAGGGACCCCCGAACCAGCUGCCCGGGACUCCCCAUAGCGCCACCGGCCGGAGCGAGAAAGCCUCACAGCUGCCUUCACGCUGACACCUGCGGAUCACACGUGUCUGGUCCCCGUCUCUCGCUGCUGCCUCCCAGGUCUUCUCAUUGCCAGGGCUCAUCUGUGCACACCUUGAUGGAAUCGGGCCGCCUGUGUCCCGCCAAGAGGAGGUGUCAGCCACCCAAGCGUGACUCAUUUGAUCAUUGCCGACGGCCCUGCAGGCUCUGUCGCUCGCUGUGCAUGACCACGGCGGCGGCCACGCGCCGUCUCCUCCCACCGCCCGCAACCUCUCCCUCCGCCCGCUGUGCGCCAGCAGUAAGCCCUUUGCUAAGAGGGGGUUUUGUUUGACUUCUAAGAUCCAAGGCUAAUUGUUUUUUAAAAAUUGAAGUGGCAUAUUUUUUUAAAUGUGUCUGCAUGUGGGAUGCAUCCUUCCAUCACCACAUAUCAUUUGGCUUUUACGAUAUCGUUUGACUUCAUUGCUGUGUGUGACUAUUUCUUUACGUGCUUCAGAUACACAUUCCUACAGUCCUCUGCUUCCUCCAGGGAAAACCCACCACACACAGAAAAAAGACAUUUUUUUCGCACUCACCCACCUUGUUUAAGGGAGGGGGGUUGAAGGUUUCCGGUAAGACACUGAGUGGGACACACAGCUGCAGGAUAGUUUGUGAGGCCCAGCUGAGGUUGGAAGCGGCAAGGCAGGUGUCACUCCAAACAUGACCCCCUCCUUCCCCAGAUCAGCUCCCAGGCCAGGCUGCGAGGGUGUGGAAGCGGUCAGUGACAUCUUGUCACCUCUGGUAUCAGAGUUGAGGUCCGAAGGGUUGGGGGCUGGGGUGGAGGCUCAGCUGUGCAAGGAAAAGGAAAGGAAACACUUAGCACCACCGCUCAGCAACACAGAAGGAUCGUUCUGCAUUCGCUAUUGCACUGUAGAUAAAUCACUCAUGGGAAUGUAACAGAUGUUUGUCUUGUGACCUUGUGCUUUUGAAGUCAGACAAAACCGUGUGAUCAACUUGCACAAAGGAGGGUACACAAUGAACAUUGAAACACAGACCUGACCCAACAGGGCGGCUUCCUCAUGGUGCUUGUUUAUUAUAUAUAUUUAACCCUGCUUGACACUUUACCCCAGGGAAACCGUCCCUUUUAUCAGUUGAAUGUUAGCAGCGUUAUUUCAUAGAGUGUGGUGACUGGUUAGAGAAAUCCAUGUACUCAGCCAAUCACGGUUUCAAACAAAAUUUUUAUGUGCAAAGGACGGCAACCUUCUCGUAUGUUAAACCACCAGUAAGCUUUGUACAUCUGUGAUAACGCCUGUUUUAUAUUCAAAUGAACAAAUAAAAGCUUUUAUUUUUGUUGCUCUGAAAAUAGCAGUUUCUUAAUUGGUCCCCUGGAAAACUGUCUGGGACAGCUUCAAUCCUAGGAAGGAGUGAGUCCUACAAGGAAAUGGGAAAUGUAUCUGACUCUGUUUACAUAAUUUGUUGCAUUACUUCCUAGUACAGCUAAUCAUACUUGGAACAAUGUUUAAAUUUUGA